AUGGGUUGUAAUGGAGACGACGGACAAGACAAGAUAGCCUUUUUGCCCCAAUGUCGAUCUGCAACUUGUGGACACCGUUACCGAGCGACGUUGCAGCACACAGACACAGCCCGACUGCCCAAUGCGAAUUUCUUCGAGAAUCAUCUCACACGCAAAUCAGCCAAGAGAGAUUAUCGCGUGUGUGCGGUCGGUCACCCGUUGAGCAAUUUCGGGAGGGCCGAGCGCAGUGGAGGCAGCGAGCCUGGCUCAAGAAUCUUUCGGAGGACACCCGCAGCAUGCAGCCUGCUUGAUUGCUGUUGUUCGACGUUCGGGUGGCAGCCUGGAAUCGCACGAAGGACGCCACUUUUUCUUGACACACUCUCUCUUGUCAUCUCAAAGCGCCCACCAGCGUUCGAUGAUCUCGACGUUCGCAAGUCUGAAGCUUGGGCCGUACGUCUGAACACAAGAGGGAAUCAGAUGGUAACCCCUGGAAGGAUCUAUCAAAGAAAUAUCGUCCAGAAUGGUCCCGACGACGAGUGCUUCGUUCGCAAGCCUUUGCUUACUGGAACUUUCGGUGGGGUCGUCUUAUCGCCGCGACAUCUUUCUGCAGUUCCGCGACUUGCACAACGCCUCGUCGGACACGGCUCGAGAAAUUUCUGGCAGGCGCAACGAGCUCGAAUUGCAGAUUCAACUGCGACACCGCCUCUGCAGGACAUGCCAGCCGAGAAAAAUGACUGA